AUGUCCAAUACUAUCCCCUCGGCUCUCCGCUUUGCACCCCGUUCUGGAAGAACCUUUUCAACCUCGGUGCAACGGGAUGCUACCUGGGGCUUUAUAGGACUAGGCCAAAUGGGCUACAACAUGGCCAAGAACCUCCGCGCCAAGAUCCCCGAGACGGAUACUUUGUUAAUACGCGAUGUGAACGAAGAUAGCAUGGCCAGGUUUGUGAAGGAGGCUAGUGAAACUGCUAGGAGCAGCGGCGCUGGUGUUGGGACCUCCGAGGUCCUGGUGGCCCAGUCUGCUAGAGAACUUGCAGAGAAGUCGAGCGUGAUCAUUACCAGCCUCCCGGGCCCUCAGCACGUCAAGGACGUUUUCCACUCGAUUCUCCGGCAAGGCGAUCUUCCCGCCUUGGAUCAAGAGCGUCUGUUCAUCGAUACCUCCACAAUCGACCCGGCGUCAUCUAAGGAGAUUGCAAACGCGAUACACACAACGUGCCAAGGGCACUUUGUUGACGCACCGGUUUCGGGCGGUGUGGUGGGCGCCCGUGCUGGGACACUGUCGUUCAUGUUCGGGGCAUCUUCGCAAACGGGCCAACUUCUUGAUCGGGUACGAGCGGUGUUGCUUCUGAUGGGGAAGAAGGCGUGGCACAUGGGCGCUCCGGGAGCUGGUGUUGCGGGCAAACUCGCCAAUAAUUACAUUCUGGCUAUCAGUAACAUUGCGACAGCGGAAGCGAUGAACCUUGGGAUUCGCUGGGGCUUGGACCCCAAGGCCUUGGCCGAGCUUGUCAACUCGUCUACCGGUCGGUGCUGGCCCAUGGAAAUCAACAACCCUGUGCCUGGCGUGGUUGAGACAGCACCGGCGUCUCGUGGAUACGAAGGAGGGUUUGGCGUGAGCUUGAUGAACAAAGAUCUUCGUUUGGCUAUUACAGCUGCGGAGGAGUCGCAAACACCUUUGGAGCUCGGAGAAAUUGCUCGUGGGGUGUACAAUGCUGUCGAGGAGGAACAUAAGGGUAAGGACUUUUCCGUGGUAUACAAGUGGCUGCAAGACCGCUCGCAAUGA